AUGCUUCGGCAUGGCCUCCGACCUGGCCUUCAUCGUUACGCCAGAACCCGCAGCUCCAAACUCCUAGCAUCCUUGACAUCGUGGCCCCAAAGAGGAUAUGCGUCGAUCACAGAUGUGGAGGCCUAUCCAAAGCCCGGGAAGGCAAUUCAUGGAUUCACGUUAAAACAGAUCAAGCACGUUCCUGAAUUGCAUUUGACAGCUUUGAGAUUGGAGCAUGACAAGACGGGGGCGGAAUACUUGCAUGUGGCCCGGGAUGACAAGAACAAUGUCUUCGCCAUCAACUUCAAGACCAAUCCUGAGGAUAGAACGGGCCUACCGCACAUUCUAGAACAUGUCACUCUAUGCGGAAGCGAGAAGUACCCAGUACGAGAUCCAUUCUUCAAGAUGAUGCCUAGAUCCCUUGCGAAUUUCAUGAAUGCCUUUACGUCUGCAGACUAUACCUCUUAUCCUUUUGCAACCACCAAUCCACAAGAUUUCCGAAAUUUGUCGUCCGUCUAUCUUGAUGCAACCCUUCAUCCCUUGCUCAAGCGUUCGGAUUUCUUGCAAGAGGGAUGGCGGCUGGGACCUGAAGAUCCACGAGAGGUGGCAACGGAGGACAACAUCAAGUUCAAAGGAGUGGUGUACAAUGAGAUGAAAGGCCAGCUGUCCGACGCGAGCUAUCUGUUCUAUAUUAGGUUUAGAGAACACCUCUUCCCGUCUCUACAUAAUUCCGGGGGAGACCCAGAGGUGAUGACUGGACUGACACAUGAACAACUCGUCGACUUUUCUCGCCAACAUUACCAUCCUAGUAAUGCAAAGAUCUUUUCCUACGGCAGUUUGAGUCUGGCUGAGCAACUCCAAAUUGUGGACGAAACGAUAUCAAAAUUUGAGAAGGGAUCUCCUGAUUCCGAGCCCAGGUACCCGAUUGACUUAUCUAUCGGGCCACUUUCUUUUGAAGUGGGGGGGCCCAUUGACACGAUGCAGCCUCCAGAUCGACAGUUUAAGUCUUCUAUCACUUGGAUGGGGUGUCCUUCCUCAGAUCUUGUGGAGACAUUUUCUGUCAGUAUCAUGAUGUCUCUGUUGAUGAAUGGGUAUGGCUCUCCCCUCUACCAGGGAUUGAUCGAAUCCUCGUUAGGGACAAACUUCAGCCCAAAUUCUGGCUACGAUAGUUCGGCCCGGGUAGGAAUGUUCUCGAUUGGCUUAGAUGGUAUGAGGGCGGAAGAUAUUCCUGCUUUGAAAGGCACAAUUCAAACGAUAUUGCGAGAAAAGGCCCAUGAGGCCUUCUUGCCCCACAAAAUUGAAGGUUAUAUGCAUCAGUUGGAGCUUGCUCUAAAGCAUAAAACCGCAAACUUUGGUAUAGGGUUGUUGGAGAAAUCCCUCGCUGGAUGGUUCAAUGGUGUUAAUCCGGUGGAUGGUCUGGCCUGGAACGACAUAAUCGACGCCUUCAAGCAACAUUUGAAAGAGGAGAAAUACCUGGAAAACCUCGUUCAAAAGUACAUCAUGAACGACAAAUGCAUGCAAUUCACCAUGAAGCCGUCGGAGUCAUAUGGAUCAGAUUUGGAAGCUCGAGAAGAGCGGCGGCGGCAGAACAUCCUGGAAGAAUUCAAGAAGAGUGCCAGUUCCCCUGAAGCCGCCAUUUCCGAACUUGGUCGGCAAGAACUUGAGCUGCUUGAAGAACAAGAGACGGCGCAGUACGAGAACCUAGACACCCUUCCCACUCUUCGCGUUAACGACAUUGCUCGAGAGAUGGAGAGAAAACCACGAUACUAUUCCCAAAUUGGUGAUGUGAAUUGCCUGUGGCGGGAGACCUCGACAAAUGGAAUCACUUACUUCCAGGCAAAACACCUGCUAAAAGAUCUUCCUGAAGAACUCAGACUUUUGAUGCCUCUUUUCACCGACUCUCUGAUGCGUUUGGGUACGAAGACAAAAUCUGUCGGGGAUAUCGAAGCUGAAAUCCUCCUGAAGACCGGUGGCAUAUCUAUCUCUACGUUUGCUGCACCUGAACCAUGGAGUCUAGAUGAAUUCCACGAGGGUUUCCUCAUUGAUGGAUAUGCUCUGGACCGAAAUGUUCCAGCCAUGUUCGAUCUCAUCCGUUCCCUGCUGACGGAGAUUGAUUUCUCGGAUCCAAAGGCUGUCUCUGCAAUUCAGGAGCUGCUUGAAGCCAAAACAUCGGGUGCCUUAGACUCUGUUGCUGAGAGUGGGCAUCAUUUUGCCGUUACAAGUGCUUCUGCUGCAUUGACGAGGAGAGGCAGGAUCCAAGAUCAAUUAUCUGGCCUCACCCAAAUAGAGUCCACAGCCAGGAUACUCGAUGCCGCUCGACGUGAUCCUCAAAGUCUUCAGGAAGUCAUUCGGAAGCUACGAAAGAUCCAGUCAAUCGCCAUCUCCAACUCUUCCAAUCUAUCGAUGCGCAUUGUCUGCGAACCUGAUUCAGUCCCUACGAAUCAACAGCUGAUCGAAGAAUUUCUCGAAAAGUUGCCCAAGGGUGACCCGACAAUCUCUGGCUCCACCGCGUCCGAUACGAUUGCUGGGUCUUCUCUGUCGCGACGUGCCUUCUUCGAUUUACCCUUCCAAGUUUCCUAUACUGGAACUUGUCUACAGACCGUACCAUAUUCUUCUCCAGACAAGGCACCACUCACAGUACUUGGUCAGCUUCUUGUCCAUAAUUUCCUACACCCAGAAGUCAGAGAAAAGGGUGGAGCUUAUGGAGCGUCAGCCAGUGCCAGUCCUAUCAGCAGCCUUUUCACCAUGUCCUCUUAUCGCGACCCCAAUCCUCGCAAUUCUCUCAAUGUCUUUCAGCGGGCUGGCGUCUAUGCUCGAGACAAAGAUUGGAGCAGUCGUGAACUUGAGGAGAGCAAGCUGAGCAUCUUUCAGGGCAUCGAUGCACCGAGAAGCGUUAGCAGCGAAGCGAGCAAAGAAUUCAUGUACGGAAUAACCGAAGAUAUGGAUCAAAGGAUGCGCGAAGGAUUACUGGACGUCACGAAGGCUGAUGUCCAAAAUGUCGCGCAAAAAUACCUGGUUGACCUACCUGCCGAGCUGAAAUCAGUGUGCGUUCUUGGAGAAAAGAAAACCUGGAUCGGACAAGAUCCAGAAAAGUGGCAAAUGAAAAGUUUAAAAAUGUCUGCCUAA